AUUGCCACUGGGAUGGUUCGUUUUGGACCAUGUAGCAGCACAGCGAUACUAUUAUGUCUAUGCAUAGUUUUAGGUUCUUGCAACUUAUAUUCCCCUGUCGUCGUUGUUUCUCUACCCAAAAUUCUGUGUUUCGAUCUCUUCUGGAUUAUUCUGGAAACGACCCAGUAGCGUUGAUAGCUACUCAGUUGAGUAAUUGCGCUACUGUGAGGGAACUUAACCAAGUGUAUGCCCACGUUUUAACGACGCACUUUUUGAUCUCCAAUCCGGCGCCGUUUAAUUGGAACAACAUUGUAAGGUCAUACACUAGGCUAGAGGCUCCACGCAAUGCACUUCGCAUCCUCGUUUUCAUGUUAAGGAAUGGGGUUUUGCCCGAUUGUUACACCCUCCCCAUUGCUCUCAAGGCCGUGUGCCAAACAUUUGAUGUUAACCUUGGGAAACAGCUUCAUUCCAUUGCUAUCAAGAUUGGACUGCAAUGUAACGAGUACUGUGAAACGGGGUUUCUUAGCUUGUAUCUUAAAGCUGGUGAAUUUGGAGGUGCCCGUAUGGUGUUUGACGAAAAUCCUGACCCAAAGCUGGGUUCUUGGAAUGCUGUAAUAGGUGGGCUUUCCCAAGCUGGCCUUGCCAGGGAUGCGAUAAGUGUGUUCCUCAAUAUGAGGAGGCGUGGUUUCAUGCCAGAUGGUGUGACCAUGGUUAGUGUUAUGUCGGCUUGUGGAAACAUUGGUGACCUCAACCUGGCUCUCCAGUUGCAUAAAUGUGUUUUCCAGGCUGAAGCUGGUGCGAGGACUGACAUUUUGAUGUUGAAUUCGCUGAUUGAUAUGUAUGGGAAGUGUGGCCGGAUGGAUCUGGCUUACAAGGUUUUUGCAAUGAUGGAGGAACAAAAUGUAUCGUCGUGGACGUCCAUGAUUGUUGGGUAUGGGAUGCAUGGCCAUGUGAAGGAAGCGCUUGAUUGCUUCUGGCGGAUGAGAGAGGCUGGGGUGAGGCCAAAUUUCGUUACUUUUAUUGGAAUGCUAAGUGCUUGUGUGCACGGUGGGGCAGUUCAAGAGGGGAGAUUUUACUUUGAUAUGAUGAAGAAUGUUUAUGGCAUAACACCCCAAUUGCAGCAUUAUGGAUGCAUGGUGGACCUUCUGGGUCGAGCAGGAUUGCUUGAGGAUGCCAGAAGAAUAGUGGAGGAGAUGCCUAUGAAGCCAAAUUCUGUAGUGUGGGGGUGUCUUAUGGGUGCGUGUGAAAAAUAUGGGAAUGUGGACAUGGCAGAAUGGGUAGCUAAGCAUUUGCAAGAAUUGGAACCUGGGAAUGAUGGUGUUUACGUGGUGUUGUCUAAUAUCUAUGCCAAUAGAGGCUUAUGGAAGGAGGUGGAGAGAAUAAGAUCGGUAAUGAAACAAGGAAGGCUUGCUAAGGUUCCUGCCUAUAGCCUGGCAACAAAUUCAAAUUGAAGAUUCAAUAAUAAUUUAUUUUAGCAUUGGGGAUUUUACACUCAAUUAUGGUUCUGCUUGUGUCGAUUGUGACUUGAAAAUUAAAAUGUUUUUCAGAAAUGUAUACUCCAAAAACAGAAUGUUUCCACAACCAUUAUUUUUUUUUUGUUAGAGGGCAGGGUGGUGGGAGGAAGACCAAAGUUUAGGUAUGGAUAGCUUCCUAGAAAGUAGGGAAAUUUUGAUCUGUAAAUUCUCUGCUGUUAAUUACAAUAUAAGUUGAUUUUUAAUUUAA